AUGGCUUCUGCUCUUCCUGAUAUAGUUCUCCGUCAGAUACUUUCUUUUGUAAAGGAAGGUCCACAAGUUGACUACAUUGAAAUUAGCAGGCGUCUUAAUUAUGACUUUAUUGAUUACCAAAACUAUAAUGAUGGACUCGAUACUAUUAGAGCAUGUUUACAAGUUUCGAGAUAUUGGCGAGCAAUAGGGAUUCCUGUAUAUUGGAACUCACCCGGGUUUACACAUCUCCCAACCUUUGAUACUUUAAUGAGUUUUAUUACACAGGAUGACGUUAAACAGUCUUCCGGGAUACAAAAUAUAAAUCUUUUCCCUUUUCCUGUUCGUCAACACAUUACUACGCCUUAUCCGUAUUAUAUACGAGAGCUCGAUAUGUAUUUUCUUCAUGCAGGAAUUCACCAAUGGUUGCGAGAAACCGGUGUUAGCGAUGGUAUUGCGACACCCAAAUACUAUAUAUUACUUCAAGCUAUACUAUCAAUGUUUUCACGAUAUGAUGUACGGCUUGAUUCUCUUGCAUAUCCCUUUGUUGAGUUUGGAACCGAUGAUAUGAAGAGCUGGUUCGCUCAAGCCUCACUAAGAAAAGUUUUAUUGUCAUCGGCAUUCUUUCUUCCGCCUGGUAACGUGUUAUUGUUAAACGCUUGCCGCAAAGUGGAGGAUUUUUCGAUAUUUUAUUGGCAAACAAGAACACAUGAGAGUACAGGUAAUGUCACUGACGAUGUGGUCAAGUUUAUUAAAAACCAGAAGCGUCUCCAAUCUAUACAUAUUAGAGGAAAUACUCUUACUCCGUAUGAAAUCAACCAAUUGGGUAAAGCAAUAUUCUCAGCGGGUGAUACCCUUCGCUAUAUACAUUUUGAACAUAUGGCGUUUAACGACUUUGUUUGGAAUGGCGUUGAGAAGUGUGUUAAGUUAGAGAUUUUGACUUUCACCAGAUGCAAAGAUGUGGUUAGCAUUCAACCUUUAAUUCACGCGAAGUUGUUGAAAUUGAAGCGGGUAGAAGUUAAGGAGACUACCGGUGUACCGCUUAGAGCGUGGGCAGAUAGGUUUAACAGACGCGCUAAAAGAAUACGUCAUUCUAUGUAA